AUGGCGAUUCCGGGGCCGCCCUAUGGCUGCCAAUGGCCUGACUGUACGAAAGACUUUAAGACUACAUGGAUGCUGAAGAGACACGUCUCUCAGGUGCACAAAGGCGUUCGGCCAUUCGAGUGUCACGACUGCCCGAAACGGUUCUUCACGAAUAGCGAACUUUGUGUCCAUCGCCGGCAAAAGCACUCAUUGGAACCGUUUGUGCCGAAGAAGGAUUUUAAAUGUGAUUACAAUGACUGCCAGUACGAGACCACUAGUUUGAGUAAUUUAGAUGAUCACAAGAAACGUCACCUCAAUAUCAAAGAGUUUGUCUGCGAAGAGACCGACUGUGGGAUGAGUUUUGUCGCUAACCGCGACCUCAAGAGACAUAUGCGGUCGCAUAGCCAUGAAAGGCCGCAUCGGUGCGAUUGGACCGGCUGUGAGUCCGCUUUUAAAAUGGCGGAAAGUUUGGCCGAUCACCGGCGCAGACAUUCUGGCGAUUUGCCGUUUGCUUGCGAUGACUGCGAGGAAAAGUUUCCUUCAAUUAGUUCACUCAGUAGUCACCGCCGGACACGACACGACACUAAGAGAUAUGAAUGCGAUGUCAGCGGCUGUUCGUGGGCUACAAACACGCGGUCGCACUUCGAUGUUCACCGACGGAAGCACCAGAAUGUGCGGCCAUUUGUGUGCAAAGAGACCGAUUGCGGGAAGAGUUUUAACAGAAAGUGGUCCCUCACUAAACACAUGCAGUGUCACAGCGAUGAACGGCCGCAUCGGUGCGAUUGGCCCGGAUGUGAGUCCGCUUACAAAACCAGCGCUAAUUUAGUCGAUCACCGGCGGACACAUACCGGUGAUCGGGUGUAUAAGUGUCUGUUUGACGGUUGCGGCAAAAAUUUUAUGUCUAGUACUAGUCUUUGGGCGCAUAAAAAUACACACAAACACCCGUUUGUCUGUCAUUGGCCCGAAUGUGACCAGAGAUUUGGUGAUAGCCGUCGUCUUAAGGCCCAUAUGAACGAACAUCAGGGCAUUCGUCCCCAUAAAUGCCAUUUUAGUGGAUGUGAUAAAAGCUAUUUCUCUAAACCAUCACUUAAUCAACAUUUAAAAGCCGUUCACAAAAUGCUGUUAAUCGAUUUACUUGAGAAGGACUACAAGACUAUUAUCACCGAUGGAUGCGCUCAACACUCGACCCAAACCACAACCACUCAUAACUGGCCAUUGGAUACACAGACAACACCUGUCGGCCACCGAUCGGAGACAAUCACUACUGAAGACCAGUCAAUAACCGCAGAAGACAUUGUAAAUGAUGUUCAGUUAGAGACAGACACUGGAAGUGAUGGAUGUGUUGACACAAAUAUAGAGUCAAUGCAAUUGAAUGAACAAACGAUUGAAAUUAAGAAAGAGAGUGAAGACAUGAAUGAAUCAGUGAUGAGUCCAUUAGUGAUCGCACCGCCGAAGACAUUAUCGUUGAGGACGUACUCGAAGAUACAUAGAGUACAACAAUCAGAGACGAGUCCACGUGUGGGCACAUCUUUGAAGACAACACUAUAUGAGUGCGAUUUGAUUGGAUGUUUGCAGACAUUCCCGUCGAGGACUGCAUUAGAAGAUCACCGAAAACUGAUCCAUAAGAUUGACGUAGCGUUUGGUUUGAGGAAAAAAUAUCAGACUUUGACCAGAGCUUCGACCAAAAGAAAUGAUUAUCCCUUUGCAUGCGAUUACAAGGGCUGUGCCUUUCGGGCCGACAAUAAAUUACUACGUGAUAGGCAUCGGAAGAGUCACGAGAGUCCUGGCCAUCAAUUUAACUGCGAUUACAAGGGCUGUGGCAGAUGUUUCGAAUCCAAGCGGUCGCUAACCAUUCACCGCCUCGCGAGUGGACACAGCGAUGAAGAUAUCUUAAAGACUCCCUAUCGCUGCCAAUGGCCCGACAGUACGAAAACCUGUACCACUAUAUCGAGCCUAACGCCACACGUGAACGACCAGCCGCUUCACACUCAGGGCCGUCAACAUCGGCGGCAAAAGCACUCAUUGGAACCGAUUGUGAAGAAAGUGUUUAAAUGCGAUUACAAUGACUGCCAGUACGAGACUACCACUAAAGACUCCUUUAAGAGACAUAUGCGGCGACACAGCGAUGAACAGCCGCAUCGGUGCGAUUGGCCCGCGUGUCACAUGAUUUUUAAAAGAGCCGACCAUUUGGCCGCUCACAAGCGCCGACACGCCGGCGAUACGAGGCUUAAUUGCGAUUUCAGCGGCUGUUCGUACGGCACUAACAAUCGGACCGAUUUCGAGGCCCACCGACUGAAACACCAGAAUAUCCGGCCGUUUGUGUGCGAAGAGACCGAUUGUGGCAAAAAUUAUCGUUCCAAACGUCAGCUCAAAGUGCAUAUGUUUGCCGCACACAGCGAUGAACGGCCGCAUCGGUGCGAUUGGCCCGGAUGUGAGUCGGCCUACAAAUCACCCCAAAUACUGGCCGAUCACCGGCGCACACAUACCGGCGAACGCAAGUAUAAGUGUCCGUUUGCCGGUUGCGGGAAGUGUUUUACGCGUAGAACCGGUUUACAAACACAUAUAAAUUCACAUAAACACCCGUAUGUCUGUCAUUGGCCCGAAUGUGACCAGACGUUUGCCUAUAAGUGGAGUCUUAAGGCCCAUAUGAACGAACAUCAGGGCAUUCGUCCCCAUAAAUGCCAUUUUAGUGGAUGUGAUAAAAGCUAUUUCGGUAAACCAUCACUCAAUGCACACUUGAAAGCCGUUCACAAAAUGCUGUUAAUCGAUUCACUGGAGAAGGACUACAAGACUAUUAUCACCGAUGGAUGCGCUCAACACUCGACCCAAACCACAACCACUCAUAACUGGCCAUUGGAUACACAGACAACACCUGUCGGCCACCGAUUGGAGAUCAUCACUGCUGAAGACCUGUCAUUGGCCGCCGAAGACGUUGAAAGAGAGACAGACACUGAAAGCGAUGGAUGUGUUGACUCAAAUAUAGAGUCAAUGCAAAUGAAUGAACAAACGAUUGAAAUUAAGAAAGAGAGUGAAGACAUGGAUUGUAUUUUGACCAUAGCUUCGACCAAAACAAAUGAUUUUCCCUUUGCGUGCGAUUACGACGGCUGCGCCUUUCGGGCCGACAAUCAAUUACUACGUGAUAGGCAUCGGAAGUGUCACGAGUUUCCCGGCAAUCAAUUUACCUGCGAUUACAAGGGCUGUGGCAUAUGUUUUGAAUCCAAGCGGUCGCUAAACAUUCACCGCCUCGCGAGUGGACACAGCGCUGACACCAAUAUCUUGAGGACUCCCGGGCCGUCCUAUCGCAGCCACUCAUUGGAACCGUUUGUGCCGAAGAAGGAGUUUAAAUGCGAUUACAAUGACUGUCAGUUUGAGACCACCGGUUCGAAGGCUUUGAAUGAUCACAAGAAACGUCACCUCAAUAUCAAAGAGUUUAUCUGCGAAGAGACCGACUGUGGGAUGAGUUUUGUUAAGAACGCCGAACUCCGGAAGCAUAUGCGGCGACACAGCGAUGAGCGGCCGCAUCGGUGCGAUUGGCCAGAAUGUCACAUGUCUUUCAAAACAACCAACAAUUUGAUCGCUCACAGGCGCCGACACGCGGGCGAUACGAGUCUUAAUUGCGAUGUCAGCGGCUGUUCGUACGGCACUAACAAUCGGACCGAUUUCGAGUCCCACCGACUGAAGCACCAGAAUAUCCGGCCAUUUGUGUGCGAAGAGACAAAUUGUGGGAAAAGUUAUCGCACCAAACGUGACCUCAAUAGGCAUAUGUCUGUUCACAGCGAUGAACGGCCGCAUCGGUGCGAUUGGCCCGCAUGUGAGGCGGCGUAUAAAUCAUCCCAAAUACUGGCCGAUCACCGGCGCACACAUACCGGCGAACGCUUGAAAUGUCCGUUUGCCGGUUGCGGGAAGUGUUUUACGCGUAGAACCAGUUUACAAGCCCAUGUAAAAUCACACAAACGCCCGUUUGUCUGUCAUUGGCCCGCAUGUGGUCAGACCUUUGCCUAUCACUGGAGUCUUAAGGCACAUAUGAAUGAACAUCAGGGCAUUCGUGCCCAUGAAUGCCAUUUCCCGGGAUGUGAUAAAAGCUAUUUUUCUAAAACACUACUUAAUAAACAUUUAAAAAUCAUCUUAAUUGAAUCCCUGGAGAAUCAGUACAAGACUAUUAUCACCGAUGGAUGCGCUCAACACUCGACCCAAACCACAACCACUCAUAACUGGCCAUUGGAUACACAGACAACACCUGUCGGCCACCGAUCGGAGACAACCACUACUGAAGACCAAUCAAUGACUGGUGAAGACAUUGUAAAUGAUAAACUCAUUGGAAGUGAUGGAUUUGUUGACAACACAAGUGAUGAGACAAUACAUCCCAUUAAUGCGAAUGAGGUUAAAGUGGAGAAAGAGGAUAUGGUUUGGGAUCCACUUUCAGUGAUGAAGUACUCGACUUAUAAUAAGCCGAAGAGACGGAGAGUACAGACGGCGAGGAAGUCAUGUGUCAGUUCGCCGCCGAAGACAUCUAAAGUAUAUCCUUCGGAGACGAGUCCAUCAGUGAGCGCACCGUCGAAGACAUCCCUCUAUGUAUGCGAUUAUUACGGAUGUGUUGAGACAUUCACAGCAAAGAGUCUAUUAGAAGAUCACCGAAGACUCGAACACAAAGAGAUUAGCAUUAAAUCGGAUAAUAAACUAAAAACAAUAAAAAUACGGACACUUAAGCCGUUUGCGUGUGAUUACAACAAUUGCAAUUUCCGGGCCGUCAAUCAGUCAAUACUUGACAGACAUCGGGAGAAUCACGAGAGAGAUGACCAGCAAUUUCUAUGCGAUUACGACGAUUGCGGGCAAACUUUUACACACGAGAGGGCUCUUAAAAUACAUCAACACCUGAGCGGACACUUCGAUGACACCGACGAUAUGGCGAUUCCGGGGCCGCCCUAUGGCUGCCAAUGGCCUGACUGUACGAAAGUCUUUAAGACUAUUUCUAAACUGAAGAGACACGUGGAUCAGGUGCACACCGGUGUCCGGCCAUUUGGGUGUCACGACUGUCAGCGACGGUUCUUAUCUAAUAGCGAACUUUGUUUACAUCGACGACAAAAGCACUCAUUGGAACCGUUUGUGCCGAAGAAAGAUUUUAAAUGCGAUUACAAUGACUGCCAGUUCGAGACCAUCAGUUUGAGUGCUUUGAAUUAUCACAAGAAACGUCACUUUAAUAUCAGAGAGUUUGUCUGCGAAGAGACCGACUGUGGGAUGGGUUUUGUUACGAAAGCCGACCUCAAGAAACACAUGCGGUCGCACAGCGAUGAACGGCCGCAUCGGUGCGAUUGGCCCGCGUGUCAGAUGGCUUUCAAAACAAUCAACAAUUUGGCCAAUCAUAGGAGUCGACACACCGGCGAUAAGAAGCAUAAAUGCGAUGUCAGCGGCUGUUUGUACGGCACUAACAAUCGACUGGACUUCGAGGCCCAUCAACUGAAGCACCAGAAUAUCCGGCCGUUUGUGUGCAAAGAGACCGAUUGUGGGAAAGAUUAUGGCACUAAACGUGGCCUCAAGAAGCAUAUGUUAUCGCACAGCGAUGAGCGCCCGUAUCGGUGCGAUUGGCCCGGAUGUGAGUCCGCAUACAAAUCAUCCCAAGUACUGGACGAUCACCGGCGCUCACAUACCAAUGACCGCAAGUUUAAGUGUCUGUUUGCCGGUUGCGGGAAGUGUUUUACGCGUAACAGCACUUUACAAACCCAUAUUAAUUCACAUAAACAUCCGUUUGUCUGUCAUUGGCCCGCAUGUGACCACACCUUUGCCUAUAACUGGAGUCUUAAGGCCCAUAUGAACGAACAUCAGGGCAUUCGUCCCCAUAAAUGCCAUUUUAGUGGAUGUGAUAAAAGCUUUUUCUCUAAACCAUCGCUGAGACAACAUUUAAGAGUCGUUCACAAAAUGAGUCAGUACAAGACUAUUAUCACCGAUGGAUGCGCUCAACACUCGACCCAAACCACAACCACUCAUAACUGGCCAUUGGAUACACAGACAACACCUGUCGGCCACCGAUCGGAGACAAUCACUACUGAAGACCAGUCAAUGACCGCCGAAGACACUGGAAGUGAUGGAUGUGUUGACAACACAAAUGAAAAGACAACACAUAUCUUCAAUGAGAUUAAGAAGGAUAAGGAGGACAAGGAUUGGUCGCCACUUUCAAUGAUGAAGUACUCGUUGUAUAAUAAGCCGAAGAGACAGAGAUUACAACAGACGGCGAGGAAGUCAUGUGUCAGUACAGCCCCGAAGAUAUCUAAAGUAUAUCAAUCAGAAACGAGUCCAUCGGUGAGCGCACCACCGAAGACAUCCCUCUAUGUAUGCGAUUAUUACGGAUGUGUUAAGACAUUCAAAGCAAAGUGUUUGUUAGAAUAUCACCGAAGACUAGAACACAAUGAGAUUAGCAUUAAAUCGGAUAAUAAACCAAAAACAAUAAAAAUGCGGACACUUAAGCCUUUUGCGUGCGAUUACGACAAUUGCAAUUUCCGAGCCGUCAAUCAGUUAAUACUUGACAGACAUCGAGAGAAUCACGAGAGAGAUGACACCAACGAUAUGGCGAUUCCGGGGCCGCCCUAUGGCUGCCAAUGGCCUGACUGUACGAAAACUUUUACGACUACUUGGAAACUGAAGAGACACAUGGAUCAGGUGCACACCGGUGUCCGGCCAUUCGAGUGUCACGACUGUCCGAAACGAUUCGUAACGAAUAGCGAACUUUGCUUACAUCGUCGGCAAAAGCACUCAUUGGAACCGUUUGUGCCGAAGAAGGAGUUUAAAUGCGAUUUCAAGGACUGCCAGUUUGAGACCAUAGGUUUGGGUGCUUUAAAUGAUCACAAGAAACGUCACCUCAAUAUCAAAGAGUUUGUCUGCGAAGAGACCGACUGUGGGAUGAGUUUUGUUACUAAAGGCGACCUCAGGAAGCAUAUGCGGCGGCACAGCGAUGAACGGCCGCAUCGGUGCGAUUGGCCCGGAUGUGAGUCGGCGUACAAAAAGGCCGAGAGUUUGGUCGAACACCGGCGCCGACACACCGGAGAUCUGCCGUUCGCUUGCGAUGAUUGCGAGGAAAGGUUUCCCUCCAAUAACUCACUGACAGAACACCGCCGGAAACGACACAACAUUAGUAGAUAUGAAUGCGAUGUCAGCGGCUGUUCGUGGACUACAAACUCGCGGACGGAAUCGGAUGCCCACCGACGGAAGCACCAGAAUGUGCGGCCAUUUGUGUGCGAAGAGACCGAUUGCGGGAAGAGUUUUAGCCGAAAGGAUUCCUUCAAUAAACAUAUGCAGUGUCACAGCGAAGAGCGGCCGUAUCGGUGCGAUUGGCCCGGAUGUGAGUCGGCGUACAAGAGGAACACUAGUUUGGUUGAUCACCGGCGCACACAUACCGGCGAACGCGAGUACAAGUGUCCGUUUGCCGGUUGCGGGAAGUCUUAUGCGACCAGAAGUAUAUUACAUCUUCAUAAAAACACUCACAAACAGCCGUAUGUCUGUCAUUGGCCCGAAUGUGACCAGAGAUUUGGUGAUAAUCGCCGACUUCAGGGCCAUAUGAACGAACAUCAGGGCAUUCGUCCCCAUAAAUGCCAUUUUAGUGGAUGUGAUAAAAGCUAUUUCUCUAAACCAUCACUGAAUCAACAUUUAAAAGCCGUUCACAAAAUGGUUUUGAGUUAA